AUGCUACGUUCGCCGGUACGUCGUAGCCCUCGAUUACAGCCAGAAAAUUCAACGCCAGCCGUCCAAACUACAACAAAGGUUACAGAACCAAGUGCCAAACCUGUGCCCGCACCAAAUACCAUAUUUGCAGCGAAACCAAAGAGCGCUCAGGUAACAAGUAGAUCACCUUCCAAGGCAGUGCAACUUAGCGCUCCAACGCGGACCACUUGUGUUGCCACCGUCGCCACCACUGCCACCGUCGCCGCCACUGCCACCGUCGCUGCCUCCACCGCCGUAGAAACAACCGUUACCACCGCUAUGUCAGCACCAACUACUACCAUUAACAAUAUAGUCAGCCCUGCCCAUCAGGUACGCGAAAUUUAUACAACAAAUAAUAGUGCCUUUGCUAAAACUGAUCCGUGGAAGGUCGUGUGUGCCAGCACCACCCCAAUCAGUGUCGCACCUGCCAACGUCGCCCCAAUCAGCACCGCCUAUGCCAGCGCCCAAAUCCCCAAUGCCUCUGUCAGCGCCGACGUCACCAACGCCUCUGUCAACGUUGGUAUCGCCAACGCCACCUCGGUUAACUUUGCCGCGCCAACCACCAUGUCGUCAGGGGCUUCUCCCAGCGAUAUAUAUGCACAAACUAAAAUUGCAGAAGGCGAGCGCCAACGUUUAAAUACAGUUUUACCGCAGUUGACGUUGCCAACUGCAGCACCGCCACAGCCAACGUUUACAAAUACAAGUGCAAAUAAUUGCUGCCAAAAUGUACCUCAAAAUUGUGCCGUUAUGUUUACCGGGACAUCAGGGGCUCCGUCAGCUACAGCCGUGCCGUUUAGCAUUAAUUCUGUAAUACAUAGUGGUGCUAUGACAUGUAACGGGCCAUUCAAUGGGUCGCCAAACACUACUGUUACGAAUUCGUCGUACAAUCGUGCAACUAUAUUCCAGUCACAACCUAUCGUUAAUCCACCCGUUACUUCGCAUGUUAGACAGCCGGUUCCGUGGGGUGCCGCAGCAAACUACGGUCCAUCAGCAUGGUCGCCAGCAGAACAGCACAACGAUGUACUAGCCGUCACCUCUGGGCCUGCCGCCACGCAACUUCAUGGCUCGUCAGCUACGUCGUCGAGUCCUGCAGUAUCAUUUAAUCAUUUGCAGUUACCACGAAAGAUGCUGGAUUUGCCACAAUUUUCCGGGCAGCCAGAGGAAUGGCCUAUAUUUUACGCGUCAUAUAUUGAGUCAAUCCCUGUGACACUGUACGGCCCAAAUAAACGCAUUGACACGUAUGCGCUCUUGGAUGAGGGUUCAUCGAUCACGAUGAUGGACGAUUCACUUGUGCAGGAACUAGGGUUAAAGGCUAAACCAAGCAGGGUGGAGAUCCAGUGGUUCGGAGGUAAAGCAGUUAGUGAAAUGGUGGCUAUCGUUAAUCUUUGCGUCAACGGUCUGGGUAUGAAGAAGCGCAGUUUACUUCGUAACGUACACGGUGUCGCCGAUUUGAACCUUCCUUCACAAAGCCUUAGUAGAAGGGAUAUAUGCAACGCCACUAGUUUUAAAGGGAAGAUGCCUUUGCAGCCUUACGAAAACGCCAUUCCCAAACUUCUCAUCGGACUAGACCACUGCCACCUGGGAUUGCCUACCAAGCCACUGGUAGUAAAUCAAAACGGGCCGUACGCUGCAUUCACGGACUUGGGUUGUGUCGUGUUUGGACCUUCGUAUAAAAUGCCACUAAGGAAGCCGUCGUGUCUUCACGUCAGUACAUCAGACCAUCAAAUGCGUGACAUGAUAGAAGAUUAUUUCAGCACGGAAUCUUUCGGAGUGAGAGCUGCGCCACCCUCUGAGAGUGCAGAUGAUGUACGAGCUAAACGAAUCCUUGAGGCAACAACGGUCAAGAUACUUCAUCGUUAUCAAACCGGCUUAUUGUGGAAGAACGACGUCGUCGAUUUGUCUGAAAGCUACAACAUGGCGCUAAAACGUUUGAUAAACAUCGAAAAGAGAAUCGCCCGGGACCAGGAGUUCGCUAAAGCUUACCGGGACAACAUAGAUAGCUACGUCAAGAAAAACUAUGCGCGUAAGUUGCAGCCUCACGAAGUCCUCGAAAGCAAUCCAAGGACAUGGCAUCUUCCUCAUUUUGCGGUAGCGAACCCACACAAACCGGACAAGUUCAGACUUGUGUUUGAUGCCGCAGCAAUGUCACAUGGAGUAUCAUUGAACUCCCAACUUCUCAAAGGGCCUCAAGAAUAUCGACCGUUGUUAUCUAUUUUAUUUGAUUUUCGACAGGAUGCCAUAGCCGUGUGUGCAGAUAUUCAGGAGAUGUUCCACCAGGUGGUGAUUCGGACAGAAGAUCGAUAUGCCCAGAGGUUUCUGUGGCGCAAUUACGGAAGCCAGGAUCCACCCGACGUUUACGAAAUGACUGUGAUGACCUUUGGAGCAGCGUGCUCCCCAUGCUCAGCCCAUUAUGUUAAAGUGACAAAUGCCUUGGAACAUAGCGCCCACGAUGCACGGGCAAUUCGAGACAUCACCGAUUAUCAUUACGUCGACGAUUAUGUUGAUAGCUUCCCUUCCGCCUCAGAAGCCAUAAGGAUAUCGCAGCAAGUGAAGGAUAUCCACAACGACGCAGGUUUCCAGUUGCGAAAGUUCAGAUCGAAUGCUCCGGAAGUCGUUACUGCUUUGGCCGGAGAGACGUCUAUGUUGCCAUUUAAGUCUAAGGAAAGUAUGGACAUCGGCAAAGUUUUGGGAAUGCUGUGGCAUCCGUCAAAUGAUCACUUCACCUACCGCUUAGAGUUUCACAAUGUCGAUGCGUCCAUUAUGAGAGCCAAGUUAAUGAUGCGCGAAAUGUGGAAACGAAACUUAGGUUGGGACGAGCCAGUUACGGGAGAAAUAAACGCAAUGUGGAAUCACUUUCGGAAGCAGCUGCUCAACGUUGGGGAUUGUCAAGUACCGCGCCAUUAUUUCCGGAUGGGAAUACCAGAGUCCCUGCAAUUACACAUAUUUGUCGAUGCCAGUGAAGAUGCAUUUGGAGCAGUAGCGUACUGGAGAGCGGAGAAUUCAGCCGGCGAUGUAGAGGUUUCCUUAGUUCUGGCCAAGACAAGAAGCGCACCCCUUAAGCUGCUAACCAUUCCGCGUUUAGAAUUACAAGCCGCAUUGCUGGGGUCGCGAAUGAUGACAACCAUAGCGGGGGAACAUACUGUACGCUUCGAUCGAUACAUCCUUUGGAGUGACUCGAGAACGGUGCUCAAGUGGAUAUCAAGUAAGCAUUGCCGCUAUAAGCCGUUUGUAGCACAUAGAAUAGCCGAAAUCCUCAAUGUUUCGAAGCCGUCGGAUUGGAGAUGGGUGCCAACAAAGCAUAAUAUUGCGGACGAGGCGACGAGAGUAAACAGAGACGUGAAUUUAAGUCCAUCUUCCCGCUGGUUUACAGGACCUGCAUUUUUAUAUUCAAGCGAGCAGUUUUGGCCAACUGAUAACGUAACCUCUGACCUUUCUAGCGACCAGGAAGAGCUUCGCCCAAAAUACGGACUUAUAAUAACUAAACAAUCGUUAAUAAACUUUGACAGAUUUUCAGCAUUCAACACAGUUUGUAGAGUAAUCGCCUGGGUAAUCCGGUUCAUAAACAACUGCAAGCCAAAGAAAAGAAGGACAACUAUUGCGACAGAUUACGGAUUAACUGCUGUGGAGAUUGACUCAGCUGAACGCCUACUGUGUCGACACGUUCAGCGGGAACAAUUUGGUACUGAAAUGAACAGACUGGGAAAGGGACUCGCCGUGCGAAAGGAUAGCCCUUUGUACACACUCACGCCGUACAUUGACGAUGAAGGAACUCUGCGUGCCUGUGGUCGUCUGGACGCGAUCGGCUGGCUGCCAUAUGAGACGAAGCGCCCAAUUAUUUUACCACCCUUACAUGCAUUCACUAAGCUUCUAGUAGCUCAUGAACAUAGUAGAAUGAUGCACCAAAAUACAGAGGCCACAAUAAGCAUAAUACGGCGGAAGUACUGGAUUCCCAAUUUAAGGAACUGUUUACGCGGUAUCAUCAGUAGCUGUAAUGUAUGCAGGAUAAGAAAGGCGCGACCUGUUACGCCGAAGAUGGGACUGUUGCCAGAAGACCGUGCGACACCUUAUGCGCGGCUAUUCACAUAUACUGGACUUGAUUACUUUGGCCCGGUAAACGUGACCAUAGGACGGCGAACAGAAAAGCGAUGGGUAGCACUAUUUACGUGCCUAACCACAAGGGCCAUACAUUUGGAGCUUGCGCAUGAUCUUUCAACCGAUGCAUGUAUUAUAGCGAUCAGGAACUUCAUGAAUCGAAGAGGUGUGCCAAAGAGGAUUCGGCCGGAUAACGGCAAGAAUUUCGUUGGCGUGGCUGGUGAGUUGAGGCGGGUGUCUGAUAUGUUUGACUGCUGCGCAUUGCAAAGCGUAUUGUCAAACAAAGGCGUUGAGUGGGUUUUUAAUUGCCCGGAGAAUCCCUCUGAGGGAGGAGUUUGGGAACGGAUGGUGCAAUGUGUGAAGAAGGUGCUGAACCAUACGAUGAAAGAGAUAAGCCCAAAGGAACAUACAUUUAACAGCUUGCUGGUUGAGGCAGAAAAUAUAGUAAAUUCGCGUCCGCUGACUCAUUUGCCUGUGGCGCCAGAUCAAGAAGAACCCCUGACGCCGAACCAUUUCCUGUUGGGUAGCGCGAACACAGCACAAACGCCAAGUUGCACCGAUCCGCAUAUAGCUAGGCAGAUGCGAGAUCGGUUUUGGAAACGAUGGGUCGAAGAAUAUCUACCAACGCUGAUACGUCGGGUGAAGUGGUGUUUGCCCACAACGCCACUGGAGGAAGGAGAUCUUGUAUUUAUUUGUGAUAUGAGGCAGCCUAGAAAGGAGUGGCGGCGCGGUCGGAUAGAAAGAGUCUUCCCCGGUUAG